AACAAAGGCCCAAAGAGAAUCAGCAACAGAGGGAAAGAAAUCAUAAAAGGGAGAACGUAUCCCUUUUUUUCUCUUGUACAGUGGUAACAGAGGAAACUGUCGAGGUUUGAGAGUGAAGACGACUGGGGAGGAAAAGGAAGAGAGGAACAGGGUGAACAGAAAUCAGAGAAAUGGAGAUUGGGUUCUUGGGUUUGGGGAUAAUGGGGAAGGCUAUGUCUAUGAACUUGAUAAAGAAGGGAUUCAAGGUCACUGUUUGGAACAGGACGCUUUCCAGGUGUGAUGAAUUGGUGGAAAUGGGUGCUUCAGUUGGAGAAACACCAGCUGCUGUGGUAAAGAAGUGUAAGAUCACCAUAGCUAUGGUUUCUGAUCCUGCAGCUGCACUCUCGGUGGUGUUUGAUAAAGAUGGUGUGCUAGAGGAGAUAAGCAGUGGGAAAGGUUAUGUGGACAUGUCAACUGUUGAUCCUGAGACUUCUUCCAAGAUCAGUGAGGCAAUUACAUCUAAAGGCGGCUCUUUUGUGGAGGCUCCUGUGUCAGGAAGCAAGCAACCCGCAGAAGCUGCACUGCUUGUGAUUCUUGCUGCUGGGGACAAGGCACUGUAUGAGGAAGCAAUUCCAGCUUUCAAUGCCAUGGGGAAGAAGUCUUUCUACUUGGGGCCAAUUGGGAAUGGAGCAAGGAUGAAACUUGUUGUGAACAUGAUCAUGGGAAGUAUGAUGAACGCAUUCUCGGAAGGGAUUGUCUUGGCAGAUAGGAGUGGACUGAACCCCAGUGACCUUCUUGAUGUGCUGGAUCUUGGUGCCAUUGCCACCCCAAUGUUCAAAGGUAAAGGACCAAACAUGAUCAAGAGCAACUUCUCCCCUGCAUUCCCACUGAAACAUCAGCAGAAGGACAUGAGGUUGGCUCUUGCACUUGGAGAUGAAAAUGCUGUUUCAAUGCCUAUAGCUGCUGCAGCAAAUGAGGCUUUCAAGAAGGCUAGAAGCAUGGGAUUGGGCGAUCUUGAUUUUUCAGCUGUUCAUGAGGUGGUCAAGCAGCAUAAAGACUGAGCUUCUCCAUAUGUUUUCGGUGUUGAAAUAUCUUUAGUAUGAUUUGGAGCUCUAAAACUCUUGGUAGGGUUAUUGCACGGGAAUAGAGAAGAAUCAAACACAUUCCACAUAUCUCAAACCAAUGGGAAUUUCAUCUUCGUCCCCAUAUGUUCUGAAACCUGCUUCUGGUUCAGGAGCAACACGGAAAGCAAAAUUUUCAUUAAGAACGUUUCGUUAAGAGUUUACAAAUGUUACAUAUCAUCUAAACUCUGAAGUUUAUGAAUGACAUUAUCAAGUUGACAAACAUCAUGGUGUACAUCCUAAAUUCAGAGCGUAUCAUAGACGUAUCCUUAUUUCCAGA